GCUCCCAACAAGUUGUUAUUAAAUCUGCUUUUUUUGUCACCGACAACUAUCGGAGACCUAUCAAAGUGUCUCUGUAUGCCAACUUAUCGGGAGGACAGCUUUCCGCCUGAAAGGCUCUAUGAACCGAUUGGCUAACGGGACGCCUUGUAUACAUUACGACCAUUUCAAGCAUAAAGAUAUCCUAUUUGAAUUCAAUGUGGUCGUGCACAGACUCGGCAUAACAACAUCUACAUCCGCAUACUGACCUAAGGGUGUAUUAUUCCGCGGCAACAGCCGAUAGACUAGUCCCUGCUCCAAUAUAAAUACUUGCACGCAGAUUGAUUCUACAUCCUAACAUGGGGUGCGCACAUACAGCCAAAUGGUUCCUGCCGUCGCUCCUCCUGGCUUUCGCAGCUCUUCAAAAUGUCGCUGCCCAGCCAAUGCCUGACCCUUGUCUCCAUGGAAACUACAAGAACCUGACGAACGUUCACCGCAGUGUGUCCUAUGAGACGGCCUACCCGGAGACUCCACUGUGCGACAUUGACCUAGACACGGGCUGGUACCGGUUUGUGGUAGAUGCUGAGAGUAAAAUGCCUGAAACAUGCGUCGAUCCUUUUAAGUGCGGGACGACUGUUCCAAUCUGGCUGAAUUGUACUCACCCCUCUGUAAGUGACGGGAUCCAAACGAGGCGAGCAUGCGCGAACCUCCAGGCUGGUGGCGCCUCUAGUGGUCCGUGCUGUGGACAGGCCGUCAACAUCGGGGUCAAGAACUGUGAGGGUUUUUUCGUUUACUAUCUACAUCCAACACGAGCCUGCCCGAUGGCCUAUUGUGCAGGAAAAGACGCACCAUGUCCCGCUGGAAAGUGGUCUCCCACAGGUUUUCCACCCGGCUGUAAAGACCCCUACCCACAGCUGACUGACCCGCCGAAAUUCCGGGGACCUGUGAUUAAGCGGAGAAGCGUCUACUUCACCUGUGACCUGACCUUUAGCGGCAACGACCCGGAUCAAGUCUUUGAGUUCGUCUGGCUGUUUGACGGCGUGGAGGACCCUAAAGUGCCGCCUGAAGUCGUCCGUGACCCAAAGCGAUCUGCGAGACUGGACGGGGCUCAACUGGCGGGUCUCCUCAACAAGAACGUUGGUUGUAAAGUUCGUGCAUUUUACAAGCAAAAUGUCGUCAAGAAAGGACCCUGGCUGGAGAGCACUAGGACGUACUGGGCUGGAAUACAAACAGAUCCCUCAAAAAUCUCCAUACGUACGGAUGAAGACAAGUUUGACGUGGUCAUAAGGUCAACACUUCCGGUCUUAUGUAACUCGUCUGUGAAAGAUGAUCAGUGUUGUGUUUGGAUUUACUUGUCGGUCACCGGGUCUGAAGGGGAUCAAGCCUUUCUGGUAGUGUCAAAGGAUUGUAGGUACUCAAUAUGUAAAUCAGACUGGAACAGCACGAGUCAAGAAGCGUCAAAGACGGUGUCAGUCGUGGCCAGCAAGACUCAGAUGCAGUAUGGCACCAAGGACUUGCUGGUCUCCUUCGAGAAUAUUGUCAUCGCAGACACUUCCCGGUAUCAGCGAAUAUUCCAAGGUUUUAAGAUCCCCUCAGUACAGGUUGAUCUUCAGCAAAGGGAUUCAAAGCUCUGCAGCAUUGUAACAGAUCCACACAUCACAGGACUGGACGACAAGAGAGUAUUCCAUCUGUAUCGAGUGGGUGACUACACUGCAUAUGAAAAUGUCCAAAGGGAUUUUGAGGUUCAGAUUCGGACGUGGCCUUGCUUCCAAGAGCGUCCUGACAGGGCGGUAACCUGUAUCUGUGGAGUUGCGGUUCGUGAGAAGGACGAUGUGAUCAGGGUCAAUGGCUGCAACCAUGGCUUCUACGGUCAAAGCGUUGGAUCACCGGAAAUCACCGUGCCCAGGCCUUUAAGAGAAGGCACGACUAUACUUCAGUCUACGGAUGGAUCGAUGAUAACACUGUAUUUUCCGUCCAGUACUGAAAUUCAAAUUACCGCAUCGGCAAUACUUGGUGGUCAUCUCAACCUCUACAUCUCGGUUCCUGGCACCGACUAUCUCAAUGGAAGAGGCUUGUGCGGGACGUUUGAUAACAACCCCAACAACGACCUGACCCACCGGUCUGGCUUUGUGGACACAAUGCCUGCAGACAGUGUACCAGAGGGUUUCACCGAGUCCUGGAAGAACGAUGACAGCACAAGCUUGUUCAGGAUUGUACCUCCAGAAACGGGGGAGUCGUACGUGCCUCAAUACUGCAAAUGCAAUAACGAUGGCCGUGGAACUGUGAACUGUACUUACCAGGGGGACAUAAACGAACGCAAACUACCGUGUCCUAAUUGCCAAGACACCACAGGCAAAAGUGGUUUUUUGGAUGGUGGAUGGACGUCCAAAAGAAGAAAAAGAUCUGUUAGUGGUAAAGCAUACGUCGACUCCGAUGAAAUAGAACAAGUUUACGACCCUAACGAUUUUGCAGAUUUCCGACCGCCAAAUCUGUCAUGGCCGACAUCGACUGGCAUCAGCGAGAGUCAAGCAGAGAACUACUGCUCCAACGCCUUGAGACAGUCUCAGCUCUGGCCUCACUGUCAGGACAAAAGACAAGAGAUAGAAGGGCAGACCGAAAACUGCAAGAUCGAUAUUUUGGUAGCUAAUAAUUACACAAGUACAGAGGCCAUCGUGGAAGCUUUCCAGACAAACUGCAAAGUGGAGCUGGCCAAGGACCCAGAUAACUACAUCACCACACCCGGCGGAGAGAGUGUCCUGAAGCCAGAGAUCUCUAACGACGUCUGCAACCCUGUGUGCUACAUCAACGGACGAUGCGACAGGGGGCAAUGUGUCUGCAACAGAGGCUUUAUCGGCGAUAACUGUCAGAUAAAAGAUGAACCGCCUAAAUUGCUCGGCUUACGAGGGUCCAACCUGUGUGACUUUAAUGAACGGCCAUGCAAACAAAUCUUCAUCAACGCUGAAAAUAUUCAAAAUACGGCGACAAUGGCAUGCAAAAUUCAAGAAAUUCUGGAUGAUGGAUCAGUUUCUGAACAAGCUUCUAUGGAAGAAGCUGUUUUCCUGACUCUUAACAAACUCGGCUGCGCUUUGCCUGAUGCUGGCAUCAAAACAGAGAAGUCCAUCAAGCGAUUUUAUAUCACGGCUACUAUUGAUGGCCAUCGCUAUAGCAACGCAGUGAACAUGACUGUCUACGACUCGUCCUGUCAGAGCUGUACACAGGAGGGAUGUCAGAAACUGCCAAACACGUGUCUCAUCAAUAACCUGUGUUUCCAAGAUGGAGAACUCUAUCCGAGGAAUAACUCGCAGGUCUGCAAUGUUUCUGCGAGCACGACGGGGUGGUCUCUCGUGCCUACAGCUCCAGCGGAUUACCCGGUCAUCCUGUCAGUGAACGUGAUGAGGUCAAAGGACAACAUCCAGUUACGAUGUGUGGUCAACGCUGAUGCCUCAAAGCCCACAGCCAGCUUCCGGAUGGCCUGGGGCAUCGAUGGCGACUGGCUUCAAGAGUCGGUCCUCCCCAGUGGACAUCUGGAGGCUGCCAUUAACGUGUCUGACGUUAGUGGCACUUAUCAGGUGGUAUGUCGUGCACGCUCAGUGUUCACUGACAGAGGCAUUUUCAGUCCUUACGCCUACAGCAAUGUUUUUAUUCCAUGGUGGUGAGCUUGGGGUUUUCCUUCCGCAGUAACCGAAUGAUUAAAAGGUUAGAAGGAAAAUACUUGUUAACUUAGCAAUAAAAAUGAUGUCCAUUUUCUAAAUUAAUUUGCAGUUCUUAAUUUCUUAGAAAUACACACAUACAUACACAGACUGGCAAACCAUUACCUUAGUUUCUUGUCAAAAAAAAAUCCCAUUACAAAUACCCAGCGCCGAUCAAUGAAAACUGCAGAACUUUCUGAACUACUGCAUACCUUUCCUUUUUAUUGAUGUAAGUAGAAAAUAAGUUUCGCUUUCUACGUGGCUUUAUUAAUAUGAGAAAACAGUACAUUGAUAGGUUAUUAUCUGUGUUAUGGCAAAAGACUGUUGUAAGGUGAGAGGACCUGUUUAGGUAAAACAUUACCCAGCUUCCACCAGUGAAAACUGCAUAUCUUUGAACUGCUGCAUAGCUUUGAAGUUUUAUUUAUGUAAGCAAAAUAUAAUUGCAAUUUUCGUUUUUUAUGGCUAUAUUGAUCUGAUAAAGCAAUAGCCUGCUAGCUUAUUACAUGUGUUAUGGCGAGAUACUCUGCCUUGAGGUCAGAAGGAGCUGUUUAUAGCAUCAUAAAUACCCAGCGCCGACCAAUAAAAACUGUGUUUUUUUUAUAACUAAUGCAUAGCUUUCCUUUUUCAUUUAAGUAAGCAGAGAAAAAUUAUAAUUUUCGCUUUUUAUAUAUAGCUGUAUUGAUAAGGGAAACCAGUGGCUUGAUAGCUUAUUCUUAUUUGAGUUAUGGUGGGAGAGUGUGAUAAGUGAGAAGAACCUGUUUGGAGUUUAAGGAUGUUUAGCAGAAAUUACGAAGGUUUUCACUGAUGUAUGUGAUUAAUUAAAUAAACAUCAGUGCUGAAUGACAUACAGUAAAACCAUGAACUUGUAUAACUGGACUGCUUACAGAUGAUUUUUUCCAAUUAACUACUAAAACGAGUCUGGUGUAUACAAAGCUUCCUGUUUAGUCACAUUGAUUGUUCAGACAUUCAUGGUACACAUUGCCGAGACUAACAGCGGACAACUUCGCAAGAGGUUAAGCGUUGGUCUCGGCAGACGGACAGCAGUCCUUCAAUACACGUCCAUGGUGAAACCUUUCUAAUAAGGCUCAUAUCCACCAGAGUCAGGUCAUAACUGAGGGGGGGGGGGUCGUGGUAGGGAGAUCAAACAAUACAUAACGAAGAACAUUGACUUUGCAUAUAUAAAUCCAAGUUCAUGUAUUCAAAUUAUGAAAUAAAGGUUUUAAAGAACA